CUUUGAUUGCACCACUUAUCGAAUUAGGCUCUUAUUAUUCACUCCGAUACUUUCACCAUCCACCAUCUUCUCCUGUUUAUUAUUGUUCUUCUCAACCACCUCGUUCUCUUGUUUAUUGUUGUUCUUCUCAACUUGUUCCUUCUUCUCUCCAAGAUUCUCUUCACAUUCACUCUUCUUUUCGUCAUCUCUAUUCUUACUCUCAAAAUGCUAGGUAUUGCUGGCACCAUCGCUCCUUACCAUGUUUUGCUCUACUCUUUAAUGUGGGGCUCUUCUAUCUUCCACUCUUAUUUGACUGCUCCAUUGGUUUUCAAGGCCUUGCCACGAAAGGAAUUUGGUAUCUUUGCUGGUUUGAUUCUUCCUCCAUAUUUCAAAGCUCAAACUGUUGUUCCAAUUCUAUUGGGCCUAUCUGCUCCAUUUCCCAUAUCCAACUAUGCGAUAGCUUCUCUAUCUGUUGCCUCCCUUUCAGGCGCCAUCAACUCCUUCCAUCUCUUGGGCUGGAACCAAUCUGUUAAAACAAAAAGAAAUGCUCUAGAAGUUGGUGGCAAGGACAAGGACAGUGAAGGCAAUGUAUCUGUCGAAAUGCAGCUUCUUAACAAAGAAUUCGGUAAAGCCCAUGGCUUGAGUCUAUUAUUCAACUUGUUUAGUUCUGUUGCCUUAACUGUUUAUGGCUUUCAAAUGACUAGCGGUUUAAUUAACUUGAUUCCAAAAGGUAUCUAAUUUUUUCCCUAUCUAUCAAUGUCUAUAUAUACAUAUAUAUAACAAAGAAAAAGAAACAAGAAAUAAUUUAUAAAUAAUUUAUUAACAAUUCAUAAAGAAUUUAUGAAAAUGAAUCUAAUCAUUAAAUCACCAGACAUCUUCUUGAUAUUUGUUAUUGGUCUUAAAAUUUCUAAUCAUCUCAGUUGCAAUGACUUCAUUGAACUUUCUUUCUUUUAUAAUAAUCUUAAUGAACGUAUUUUGAACAUCUCUUGCCAUUCUCGAUGCAUCCCCACAAACAUAAAUAUAUCCAGCUUCACUUAUAUACUCAUUGAUCUUUGAACUGUACUCUUCCAUUCGAUUUUGAACAUACACCUUCUUAUUAGCAUCUU